AGAAAAUAGUAGAUCUUCGAUUGAAUCAGCUCCUCCGAAAGAAAAAAAACUCAAAAACCUAGCUCUCGGAUUCUCUCUCGAUCCUUAGUUCGGGGGUUUCUCUGAGGAACACAAACACUGACUGAAUUAAGAAUUGCGAUGGGGUCCAGAUCUCGGAGUGACAAUUUCCAGUCCGGCGAUGGCGCCAGUCCAGGGAAAAUUUUCAUCGGAGGAUUACACAAAGAUACCACUAACACUGUGUUCAAUAAGCAUUUUGGCAAGUACGGGGAGAUUACAGAUUCAGUCAUUAUGCGAGAUCGACAUACAGGACAACCUAGGGGUUUUGGUUUCAUCACCUAUGCUGACCCUUCUGUUGUUGAUAAAGUUAUCGAAGAUACUCAUAUCAUCAAUGGGAAACAGGUUGAGAUCAAAAGGACUAUCCCGAAAGGUGCUGGUGGCAAUCAGUCAAAGGAUUUCAAAACGAAGAAGAUUUUUGUUGGUGGUAUACCCUCCACUGUUACAGAAGAUGAACUCAAGGACUUUUUUGCCAAAUAUGGGACCAUAGUGGAACACCAGAUUAUCCGAGACCAUGAAACAAACAGGUCCCGAGGUUUCGGUUUUGUAAUUUUUGACAGCGAAGAGGUCGUAGAUGAAUUAUUGUCCAAAGGAAAGAUGAUCGAUAUGGCAGACACUCAGGUGGAGAUCAAGAAAGCCGAACCAAAGAAAUCUUCUAACCGUUCACCUCCUUCUUAUGGUAGUCACCCUAGAGGUCGUUCUUUUAACGAUAGUUAUGGCGGAUAUGGUGGACCUUAUGGAGGUUUUGAUGGAGGGUAUGGUCCUCCAGGUCCCAUUAGGUCACAUGGAGGUCCUCCUAAUAGGUUUGCUGGGGGAUAUGGGUAUGGUCGUGGCGGUGUAGGCCCUGAAUUUGGAGGAGGGUAUGGUGGUUAUGGCGGUGGCAAUUUAGGAGGUUACCGUAAUGAACCUCCCCUUGGCUAUUCUAGCCGUUUUGGACCCUAUGGAAGCGGGUUUGGUGGGGAGGGUUAUGGCGGUUAUGGUCGUGGAGGAGGGGAAGGCUACGGUGGAUAUGGCGGUGCAGGCUAUGGUGGGGCAUUUGAAUCUGGUGGCCCAGGUGGCUAUGAAGGAGCAGGUGGUCCCUAUGGGAGGGGAUAUAGUAGCAGUAGUCGAUACCAUCCAUAUGCAAGAUAGGCUCGAAGUAACACCGAUCAGAUCCUUUUGGUAGACGCUAUAGAAGCUUCUCACAUGAUUCUCUAGAUUCGUGUAGUUGCAUUCUAGAGGAAACUAGAGUUAUCAUGUAGCGGCCACAUCAGGAAGGAUUUGCUAAGGACAGGAAGAGCAUCAAAAGUUUUAAUUCUAUAUUAGACAUCUUCUAGUGUGUGUCUUUGUCUAAUUUAAGUGUUGUUUUUAUCUCUUAACUUAGAUUGUGACUUUAGCAUAUUUGGUUUCGGAGUUUGUUUUCUCUCUGCCAUAAGAAUGAUCGUUUGGUGCUAGUCUCGUUAGAUGAUCAAUUACUCACUCACUGUUAGCUCCCCUCCUCCGUUGCUUAGUUUGCAUAAUCUCACGAAUUAGCUUUGCUUAGUUUGCAUAAUCUCACGAAUUAUUUUAAUCUCUGCAUAAUGUGCAUUCAUCAUUCUUUAGCGCUCAAGUUGAAUGCUUUAUGUGGUCUCUUAUUGCUUGUAGAUUUUGUUGUUUCGAACUAUGAUUGGGAAUUUUGAACAAAGAUUAGAGUUCAGUUAGGUAUGGGUUAAGACCUCAAGUGCCAGUAAGUUUUGCUUUCUUUUUUUUUUUGUGGUAAACUGUUUACGUAGGUUCUACCUACAAAUUGGCUUAAGAGGUUUUAAGAUCAAAAUUAAAAAUUUUAAAUAAAAAAUCCCUAGAUGUUUAUUCAAUUAUCAGGAAUUAUUGUACGGGAAUGAUAGUUUACGUAUAAAUCGUUAAAAUGUGUUUUGAGGCCAUGGUUACUUAUUUUCUCUUUGUUUUUGGUUUCUUUCGGAUCAGACCGUGUACUUGUUGUAUAGUUACACUUUCGUUUUGUACCAACAUUGUGGAUUUUGUUAUCUAUAUAGUUUAUCAUCAAAAUA